AUGCAGCUUCUACUUGCCAAUGGGGGCGCUGAUCUUCCGGCUGGUGAUCCGGCCUACCUCAACGGUUUACUCCAGCGGGUGCUCCAGGCACAAAUAGUGGACUACGACGAACGAGAAAAACCUUGGAAGUUAACGCAUAGAUGGUGGUUGCAGUAUCUAGCUGGUCUUAUCGGCGUUUCCAUUUUUGGGGCGUCCAUCACCUUCGGCGUUCUCACCACAUCAAGCAACGCUUCAAGCGUCGAAACCAGCAAUCACACCAGCGGGACCGGCAACGAGCCCGGCAACGAGCCCGGCACACAAGAUAGCAAUGGAACACAAUCCUCCCCUCGAUUCGACGAGGGUACUGAUUACUGUUGCCGGACGCCGCUGCACCUGGUCGCGCAGGACGGGGACAAGGCCGUUAUGAGGCUGCUCGUCGUUAAGGAUACCGAGAUGGAGGAUAAGGCCCGGUAUGGAAAUGGAAAGACCGCGGUGUAG